AUGGUGAACUUAAUCAAAAGACACUCUAUCAACAAACACACCAAGGCCAUGUUAAAGUCCGUCAAUGACUUCAUCAAACAGUCGAAAUGGGACGAUGCCAGAGAAGCCGCCAACGAGGUCCUCCAAAGGGACCCCAAAAACUACCAUGCUCACAUCUUUUUGGCUUUUGCGCUGGACAAGAAGAACAUGCUCGAGGAUGCCGAGAACACCUAUCUUGCCGCCACCAACAUCAAACCAGGCGACACCCAGGCCUGGCAAGGCCUGAUCAGGCUCUACCAAAAGCAGGGCAACAAAAAGCUAAAGCAGUACAAACAUGCUGCCAUCAAGCUUGGCGAAAUCUUUCGGGACACCAAUGAGAUGUUCAAGUUUCAGGACGUUGUCGACAAGUUCGUCGACCAUGCACGUACACAGGGCGAACGGCUGCAGUACGUCGAUGCCUUGGACAUCCAACUGCCAGGAAGCCCUCUGUACGAGGCCCUAGAAGGCCGUGUGCCUCACCCUGCCAAGACCUAUGAGAUUCAGGCCAAGAUUGUCGAGCCCGAGGAGAAGAAGCGGAUAAACACGCUUAUUGGCGAGAGGCGCACCAGAAUCGGAGCCCGCGUCAGCGAAGUGACUUUGGAGGUCAAGAGGGAAGUCUACCGCCAAAGCAAACUCGGCCACAUCUACAGACAGCUCAUCGACUGGACUGCCGAUGACGAGCUCCGGCGCACAUGCGAAGAAAAGUUGCUUCAGUAUUGUUACGACCGGCUCUUGGCUUGGCCUCCUGGGGAGGAAAAGCAACAAGAGAUGGAAGUUGUUCGGAAACUGGCAAACGACAUGGUCAUCAUUAGACACCCAUUCAAGUUUGCCUGGGACAUUGCUCUCAACUGGCAGGACCACAAGGAGAUCAAGGAAUGGGAUGUCACCAUUCUCAGACAAUAUUGCUCAUUCUUCCCGGACAGUGACCUGAACAGAGUCAUCAUGGGGUUUCUUACUAGCGACAUCUCGCCAUUCCCCAAGGAAACACCAGCGCAAAAUGAUGUCACAGCGGAUGGUGAGCCAGAGGACGAGAGCGAGGACGACGAUGCUGGAGGUGUGCCCACAACAUAUGUUCCUCUCACAGAGGAGGACCGACUGUUGAUGAUGACGGAGGGCAUUAGCUCUGGUGAUUCGUUGUUUGCGUACCGACUCAUGGGCGAGUACUACCAACAUCUCGAGGAGCACGAAAGCAACGUCGAGUUGAUGCGUAAAGCAAUCGACCUUCUCAAAACAGAGCGGACCAAGACAGGCCUGGCGUUCCGGAAUACAGGAGAUGCCUACUCUUUGUAUCUCGGCACCGCACUUGUCUUUUACCAAUCUCCUCGUCACCAUCAAGAAGCCAAGAGCUUGUUCGAUGGUGUUUUGGCGCACGAUCCCACAUCCACCCCAGCCAUGAUUGGCGUGGGUCUGAUUUAUGAGGAAGAAGAGGAGUAUGAUGAAGCAGUUGGCUUUUUGGAACGUGCUCUGCUGGGCGACCCAACCAAUCUCCGUGUCAAGACGGAGGCUGCCUGGGUCAAGGCUCUGAAAGGAGACUUUGCUGCCGCCAAGGCCGAGCUCGACGCCUGCAUGCCACUGCUGACCGAGAAGGGGCAGAACAACAAGGAGUUGCUCUCGCAGACGAAAUAUCGUCUCGGUUAUUGCAUUUGGAACCUCGAAACAUCCAGGUCUGCCAGGAAGAGCCGCAGCGGUGCCUACAAUCACUUCCUGGAGUCCCUCAAGAGCAAUCUCAACUACGCCCCGGCCUACACUAUCCUCGGUAUCUACUAUGCAGACUAUGCCAAGGACAAGAAGAGAGCUCGGAGAUGUUUCCAGAAGGCAGUCGAGCUCUCUCCAUCUGAAGUUUUGUCUGCAGAGAGACUUGCCAGGUCUUUUGCUGACGACGGCGACUGGGACCGUGUCGAGCUCGUUGCUCAGCGAGUUGUUGACUCGGGCAAGGUCAAGCCGCCGCCUGGAUCCAAGCGCAAGGGUAUCAGCUGGCCCUUUUCUGCUCUCGGCGUGGCCGAGCUCAACAAGCAGGAUUACCACAAGGCCAUUGUUUCUUUCCAGGCUGCCCUCAGAAUAUCACCAAAUGACUACCACUCUUGGGUUGGUCUCGGCGAGAGCUACCAUGGCUCAGGUCGGUAUAUCGCUGCUACCAAAGCUCUUCUGAAUGCCCAGAAGCUGGAGGAGUCACCCGAUGUAGAUAUCACAGGACAAGAGACGUGGUUCACCAGAUUCAUCCUCGCCGAGGUCAAGCGUGAGCUUGGCGACUUUGAUGACGCCAUUGACUUGUACAAGCAGGUCUUGGAAGAUAGACCGGAGGAAGAUGGUGUCGCCAUUUCGCUGAUGCAAGCGAUGGUGGACAAUGCUCUCGUCAGUUUAGACAAGGGCUUUUUUGGCAAGUCUAUCGACCAUGCUGUGUCAGCGCUUCGGUUUGCGGUUGAGACUUCUGCGGCCAUCAAGGACACUUUCAACUUUUGGAGAGCGAUUGCCGAUGCCUGCUCCCUCUUCACCAGCGUCCAAGGCCGGUUGUCAGAGUUUCCCAGGGAGCUGGUGCAAGGGCUGCUCGGAAGCGACGAGGCUGCCCCCGAGUACCAGGUGCUGAAGGAUAUCGAUGGAGUCGGCACCGCCGUUGUUAGCACCAACGGCAUUUUCCAUGACAAUGAGAAGAUGGGAAUCGACUUGACCAGAGCUAUGCAUGCCACCAUCCUGGCACACAAACGCGCCGUUCACCUGUCUGCCAACGACAUUCAUGCCCAGGCCGUGGCGUUCUACAACCUGGGAUGGGCCGAGUACAGAGCUCAUUCGUGUCUUCCAGCUCAUCUGAGGAAGAAGGCUACGAGGUAUCUCAAGGCUGCUAUUUCUUGCUUCAAGCGGGCCAUUGAGCUCGAGGCUGGCAACUCUGAGUUCUGGAACGCUCUCGGAGUGGUCACCAGCACUGUGAACCCAUCCGUUUCGCAACACUCGUUUGUGCGCAGCCUCCACAUAAACGAGAGAGGUGCUCACUCUUGGACCAAUCUGGGUGUUCUUGCACUCCUUCAAGGCGACCUCCAGCUUGCCAACGAGGUCUUUACCAAGGCCCAAUCUGCCGAUCCCGACUUUGCCCAUGCCUGGCUUGGUCAGGGUCUUGUCGCUCUGCUCCUGGGUGAUCAGAAGGAGGCCCGCGGCCUGUUCAUCCACUCGAUGGACAUUUCUGAAGCAUCCUCCCUCGCCACCAGACGUCUGUAUUCCGUCUCCAUGUUUGACCACAUCCUGUCAUCCCCAUCCGACCUUCCCAUCACUUCCUUGGUCCAGCCCGUUCUCGCUCUUGGCCAAAUUCAGGGCCUCAAACCUCAAGAUCUGGCCUACGGUCACCUCUCUGCCUUGUUCCAAGAACGAACCCAAGAAUACCAACGGGCCGCCCACAACCUCGAAAACAUCUGCACCCAAGCCGAAGCAGAAUACGAAGUCACCGAGUCCCCUCAAGCACUCAAGCACUUUUCCAUUGCCAAAACCGACCUCGCCCGCGCUCUGUUGGCGCAAGGCCUCAACGUCGAAGCAAUCGAAGCAGCUGAAAUGGCCAUUCAACUCUCCAGCGACGAGUCCGACAGCGAGCUCACGGCCGGGGAACGUAAGCGGGUGCGCCUCUCUGCGCAUGUGUCUAUGGGAUUAGCGCAGUACCACCUCGACUACGUCGACGACGCCGUCAGCUCCUUUGAGCAGGCGAUUCAAGAAUCGGACGGCAACCCCGACGUUGCCUGUGUCCUGGCUCAGGUCCUUUGGGCAACCGGUAAGGAUGACGCGCGUGAGAGGGCGAGAGAUGUCCUGUUUGAAGUCAUUGAGCAACACCCCAGCCACGUCCAGUCGGUCUGCUUGCUGGGCGUGAUUGCGCUGUUGGAUAAAGACGACGAGUCGCUUGAGGCUGUGGUGUCAGAGCUGCAGAAUCUUCGGUCGGGUGAUGAGGGGGUGUCUGCUGCGGAGCAGAGCCAGCUGGGCGAGGUUCUCAAGGCUGUGGCUGCGCUGGGCGCUGGUGGUGGUGGUGGUGAGGAGGGCCAGGCGCAGGCGGAUGUCAUGUUCCAUCCUUACUUGCCGCAUGGGUGGGCGGAACUUGCUGGGCUGGAGGGGACGGCGGGGGAUGGGGAGGGGGCGGCGGAGAUGGCGUUGAGGGUUGCGAUCAAGGGGGUUGCGCCGAGGGGGGAUCUGCCGGCCGAGGAGCUGGCCAGGGCUUAUGCCGGGACGGGCAAGGUGAUGGAUGCGCAAACGGCGGUGAUGGUGGCGCCUUGGGAGGGAGCGGGGUGGAGGAGUUUGGGGGAUGCCAUCAUUCGUUCUUAG